AUGGCCGUCGCGGCCUGCCUUGCGCGUUUCCGCGAGGACUAUGACCGCCGGGCCAGGGGCGUUGCCCAGGAUCCACAUCAGCUGCACCGAGCCUUCGAAGCGCAACAGGCCGCGCUUCAAAGGCUGCGAGAACGGGACGAGCAGAGGAGCCGCCAGAGUGUCAAGUCAACACCGGAGGGCGAGCUGCAGUGUGUUCCGGAUGCAAGCCCCAGCCACGAGAGUGGCCAAUCCUCCCAGAUCGCCUUCAAGAGCAAGGAAGACCUUGACCUGAUGCGGAGGGAGAUGCGCGAAAAUCAGCGAGUGCGGGAGUCUCAGCCAGGGCUUCGCGGAGAGUCGCAAGGAGGGGAAGAAGAAGCGGAAGCGAAAGCAUGGCUCCGGCUCGGCCAGCUCGGCAAGUUGCCCGGUCUGGGCCGACGGGUGGUCGCAGCGUUGGCCUUGGGACUGGCGACCUUGCUGGGUCAUGCAGGGCUCCAAGAGCAGGCUCCAGACCGAGGUUUCGUCAAGGGCCUCUCCGAGGGCCGUGUGCGAAAAGGGGUGCCCUCCGAGAGAAGCCUGGCUCGCAGGGCGCGCGUGGACGGCCAGUACGGUGUGCUGCCGGAGCCGCCCUCGCCGCUGAUCGAGUUGGAGGAGAAGGAUCCCGUUCUAGAGGCCCUGAUCACUGUGGUCCAGGCCGCGGACAAGAAGCGUGGUGUGGACAUCAGCGCUUUUUGGGUGAAGGAGGGCUUUGAGAUGAUCGUGAUGAUCACGGCCCUGUCCCGCCCGCAGCUGCAAGCCAUCGCCGGAGAGAUCGAGAACAAGAUGCGACACGAGUUACGAAUGAAGCGCCGAAAAAGCCAGUGGCCGGGGCAGACCAUCCGGGACGAGGCGGCCAACGGAUGGUGCUGCAUGGUGUAUCCCCGUAUGACUAUCAACAUCAUGACCCCGGUGCAGCGAUCCUAUUAUGAUAUUGAGAGCAUUUGGAGGGAUGACAACGAGGAUUACGAGAAGGUCCCCCUGCAGGAAGUACUUAGAGAAGAAGGCUUCGGCAAUCUCAGGGUGACGAAGGGGCUCAAAGAUCCAAACGACAUCACCCCAAGGAGGGCAGACGAUGCAGAAAUCCCACCUUCUGAGUACGAGCCAUUCGACGACGAUGAUGAUCUUUACGAGGAAGACGAGGAUAUCGUAGAUCAGCGCAUGGCAGCCUUGUGGCUCGUUUUGGACAUCGUAUGCUCAGAGGACCGGGAUCUUGCCGCCCUUCCCACCGUUCCUGCUGCCGCCGCAGUUUUUUGGCAAGAAACAGACACAGUGGGCAGCCUUCAUGCCUUCUGCCCACAGGUCGAUGCCUUGAGUCCCGAGGAAGGCACCGCUGCCUCCAAUGAUCAGGCUGCCUCCAAGGAUCAGGCUGUGGGCGCACUGCAUAGGACACUGUCAGCGGCGCGGCGGCUGCGGAUCCAAAUGUCCAACACUCAGAAACAGCCACAAUGGACAGAGAUGACCGCCCUGGAUGCCCUGAUCGCGGGCUCCCUCGAGCUACCGGAGGCAGGCCAGACGAGCCGCAGCCACGGCUGGGACGGUGACGCACCGGCACCGGCCAAGGAGCAGAAGGAGGAGGUGCAGACGCCAAAGAGCGCUCCAGGGCCAGAUCUGGACCUCACGGAGGAGCCCCGUUCCAAGACCGGUCUAAGACUCAUCGGCGAGGAAGCUCCUCCGACGCUGCCUUGGCAAUACGUGCUGAAGGACGAGACGCGUCGUUGCUUCGUUGGAUUCCUGCCUCGGACUCUAGGCAAAGAAGUCUGUGCCAGCUUCUUCGAGAAGGCACUGCAAGGUGCCGAAUGGAUACAGCCAGCGGGUCCCAAUGGGCCUAUCCCACGAAAGACAGCGUGGAUGGUCUUCUUCGAGUGCGACUGUGCCUAUCGUUACGGUCGCAUCGAGGUGAAGCCCCAGCAAUAUCCGCAGUGGAUGUGCACCUUGAUGCACUGGGUGAUGCCUUGCUGCGGCAUCAACGAGCAGAAGGAUUGGCCAAACAGCUGCAACCUGAAUCUCUAUGAGAGUGGAGGUAUGUCUGUCGGCUGGCACGCGGAUGAUGAGCAGCUCUUUCAGGGCAAGCAGCGGGACUGCCGCAUCAUCUCCCUGUCGCUGGGAGCCACGCGCGCCUUCGAGGUCCGAUCGAACUGGUCGGAGCUCGAUUCCACCAUGCGCCUGGAGCUCGGGGACGGGGACCUCUGCACCAUGGAGGGUCUGGUCCAGAAGCACUUCCAGCACCGCGUGCCGCGCGAGGACAAGGUGACGGGGCCUCGCAUCAACCUAACGUGGCGGUGGAUUGUCAGGCAUGCGCCGCACUGUCCGCAUGCUCGACAUCGAUGA